AAAAUGACGGCUCUUUCAACGGCUCGUGGCUUCAGUAGAGUCUGGUGUCUGUCUGGCACCGCCGUCAGUCAGUGCUGCACACUGGCGCGUCUCCCACAGCCAUCCUUUCCAGGAAGCUGGCUGAGCCCCAAGACCUCAGGGACCAUGGGCGGGGAGCUGGUGACUGGCCUGGGGGCCCUGCGACGGAGAAAACGCCUGCUGGAGCAAGAGAAGAGGGUGGCCGGCUGGGCACUGGUGCUGGCGGGAACUGGCAUCGGACUCAUGGUGCUGCACGCUGAGAUGUUGUGGUUCCUGGGUUGCAAGUGGGUGCUGUACCUGCUCUUAGUUAAGUGCUUGAUCACCCUGUCCACUGUCUUCCUCCUCUGCCUCAUUGUGGCCUUCCAUGCCAAGGAGGUGCAGCUGUUCAUGACCGACAACGGGCUCCGGGAUUGGAGGGUGGCGCUAACCCGGCGGCAAGUGGCGCAGAUCCUGCUGGAGUUGCUGGUGUGCGGGGUGCACCCGGUGCCCCUGAGGAGCCCGCACUGCGUCCUGGCCGGGGAGGCCACCGACGCGCAGCCCUGGCCGAGCUUCCUGGGCGAAGGGGAGGCGCUGCUGUCCCUGGCCAUGCUGCUCCGUCUCUACCUGGUGCCCCGCGCGGUGCUGCUGCGCAGCGGCGUCCUGCUCAACGCCUCCUACCGCAGCAUCGGGGCGCUCAACCAAGUUCGCUUCCGCCACUGGUUCGUGGCCAAGCUCUACAUGAACACGCACCCGGGUCGCCUGCUGCUGGGCCUCACGCUCGGCCUGUGGCUCACCACAGCUUGGGUGCUGUCUGUGGCUGAGAGGCAGGCUGUCAAUGCCACCGGGCACCUCACAGACACGCUGUGGCUGAUACCCAUCACAUUCCUGACCAUUGGCUAUGGGGACGUGGUACCUGGCACCAUUUGGGGCAAGAUCGUCUGCUUGUGCACUGGAGUCAUGGGGGUCUGUUGCACUGCCUUGCUAGUGGCUGUGGUGGCCCGGAAGCUGGAGUUUAACAAGGCGGAAAAACACGUGCACAACUUCAUGAUGGAUAUACAUUAUGCCAAAGAGAUGAAGGAGUCAGCAGCACGCCUCCUGCAGGAAGCCUGGAUGUACUACAAGCACACUCGCAGGAAGGACUCCCGAGCUGCCAGGAGGCAUCAGCGCAAGUUGCUGUCCGCCAUCUACACGUUCCGCCAGGUACGGCUGAAACACCGGAAGCUCCGGGAACAAGUGAAUUCCAUGGUGGACAUCUCCAAGAUGCACAUGAUCCUGUGCGACCUGCAGCUGGGUCUCAACACCUCGCACCGGGCCCUGGAGAAGAGAAUCGACGGGCUGGCAGGCAAGCUGGAUGCCCUGACCGAGCUGCUGGGCACUGCCCUGCAGCAACAGCAGCUACCAGAACCCAGGCAGGAGGCCACGUAGCUGCACCCACGGAAGAAGAAUCAGGCUAUGCACCCCAGGACUGACCUCAACAACAUCCUCCCUAUCACUUCGGACCGAGUCCCAUGAAUAAAGCACUUCAAGAUGCUAGGACCAAAGCGGGCCCACGCUGAGAUGCGUGGACUCUCUGGUGGUAGCGGCUUGGAUCUCCAACCAUGAUGGGAUCAUGGCCACCACCUCACACAUGCGCUCAGCAGAAGCCUUCUUGCUGUGCUGCUGUUCAUGAACUCUCAAGCUCUGUCAGAGGUGAAGGUGCCUAGAGCUAGACUACAGGUUCCUGGGGAGAGAGGCAACUGGUAGCCUGGGGUCCAGGAUGCUGGGAAGCUUCAGUUAACGGAGGGCUGGCCUCGCUGAAGGAACCAGGUCCGAGAGGCAGGAGCCGGUGCCCCCUGGUGGACGCCAUGGAAGACGCCGCUUUCCCGGAAGGCAGAGACGUCUGCUGGGAGGAGGGCUGUGGCUGCCGCUCACCUGUCCACUGUCACACUUUGUAAUAAAUGGUAAACAAAG